AUGGGCACCAAGGGCAAAGUUAUUAAAUGCAAAGCAGCUAUCGCCUGGAAAGCAAACAAGCCCCUCAGCGUUGAAGAGGUUGAGGGAACUCCCCUCAACGCUCAUGAAGUUCGAAUUCAGAUAAUCGCCACCACCUUGUGCCAUACUGAUGCCCAUGUCAUCCAUCCUCAAUUUGAGGCUUUUUUCCCAGUGAUCCUUGGCCAUGAGGCUGCAGGAAUCGUGGAAAGUGUUGGGCCAAGAGUGACCAACUUCAAACCAGGUGACAAAGUAAUUCCACUCUACACACCUCAAUGUGGAAAAUACAAGUUCUGUCUGAGUUUACACACAAAUUUUUGUGGAAAAAUCAAGCAUUUCAAAACUCCUAUGGGUGAUCAAAAAUUAAUGGAAGACAAAACUAGCAGGUUUACCUGCAGAGGAAGACCAAUUUACCAUUUCAUGGGAACCAGUACCUUCAGUCAGUACACUGUAGUGUCAGAUGUUAACCUUGCCAAAGUUGAUGAUGAUGCCAGUUUAGAGAGAGUUUGUCUGCUUGGAUGUGCAUUUUCAACUGGCUAUGGUGCUGUAGUCAACAUUGCCAAGGUCACACCUGGUUCUACAUGUGCCACCUUUGGCCUAGGAGGUGUCGGUCUUUCAGCUGUAAUCGGUUAUAAAGCAGCAUAAGCUUCCAGAAUCAUAGUUAUUGACAUCAAAAGUGAGAAGUUUACAAAGGCCAGAGCCCUUGGAGCCACCAACUGCCUCAAUCCUAGAGACCUAGAUAAACCCAUUCAGGAGGUCAUUGUUGAAAUGACCAAUGGAGGUGUGGAUUUUGCCUUUGAGUGUGUAGGUGGAGCUAAAAUCAUGAGAGCAGCCCUUGACAGCAUAACAGUAGGUUGGGGAGUAUGUAUCAUUGGAGUAAACGUUGGUGACAACGGAUUGAGUGUUUCUGCAGUGGAGCUAAUAAUGGGCCGUACUCUAAAUGGAACAAGCUUUGGUGAUUGGAAAGGUAUCAAUUCUGUCCCAAAGCUGGCUGCUGACUACAAGAAUAAGAAAUUCGAUCUGGAUGCACUGGCGUCCCAUACCCUUGCUUUUGACAAAGUUAAUGAGGCAUUUGACGUAAUGUACCAAAGAAAAAGGUUCAAGAUGCCACAGACUGAACCAUCAAUUCCACCCCUGGACAGAGGACACCGCCACUGGCUUGACUGCCAUUACUGCUACAGGAAAUUAAGUCCACAGUAG